GGGCAUUCAAACCCCGGAUGCAAAAUAGGGCGGAAUAGCUUCCUCUGAUGACUUCCGGUGUUAGUAGCUUUUAUAUUAUCUAUUUAAAAUUAUAGUUACAUGUAAGCUAACUCCCGGAAUUACAUCCAACACUCAACGUGUUUUCCGUUAAACACAGAAAAAAGGUUGAACUAUGAAUGCCGUCUUCCGAAAGUUGCAGACGUCUGUCACACAACAGGCAUGUGUGUUAAAUCACACGCUUACAUUAUGCCGGGCCGCACCGUCUAUCCAACAUCCUGUUUGGGCUUCUGUGAGCGAAAGACAAUACAAAAGCAUGCCAACCCACGGAGUUGGGAGGUGGAGACAUCUUUUACCUAAAGAGGCGCCAAGGAAAAAGAAAGACAAACAGCAGAUGAAAGAGAUCAUGGCCGAGACGGAGACAGCAUAUGGGACUCUGAACGUGAAAGUGUCGGGUUACGACAUGACGGUGGUGGAGCAUUACUCCCAGUACAUCCACAACCUCUGCAACCGCAUCGGCAUCAAAGUGGCAGAAAGCUAUGCUUUGCCAACCAAGAGCACAGAGGUCAUGCUAAUGCAAGAGCAAGGCACCAAGAUGUAUGUUGACGCCAUCCUGAAGACUCACGAGCGAGUCGUCCAGUUGAGCUGUCUGGACACGGCAGUGUGUCCCGUUUUCAUGGACAUUCUUUUGAAGAAUCAACCAGAGGGAGUCAAGCUCUCUGUGAAGCAGCACACCGAGGCUGAUUUCCAGGCUCGGUUCAAGGGUCGUCCAGAGCUGGAGGGGCUCAUCGCUCAGAUGAACCAUUAGGACCUGUGAAAUUCUCAAGUUUGAAAUCUCUGUGACACGCUACACCUUGUUUACCUGUUCAAUUUAUGACUUCUGGCUAGAUGCUGAACUGAAUUGCAUUGUCUCAAUACCUAUUAUCUGUGCAAUGAGAAUAAAGUUGAGUCUAAAUGU